AUGUUGCAACCUGUUCAACCGUCAAUUGAGACUUUGAAGAAAACCAUAGAGGCCAACUCUGAUUCACCAAACCCACCAAAUUUGUAUCCAAUCUACAAGUACGUGAGUCAUAAUGAUAUCUCGGUUCACCAGGCCUACCUCAGAUUGGCCAACAUCAACGACAAUAACAGAUCACCCUCUUUCCUUUUUGAAUCAUCUGUGCAUGGGGAUACUGUUGAUCGCUACUCAUUUAUUGGUAUCAAUCCAUCGAAAGUGAUAAAGACAGGGGAUGAUCACUCUAAAUUCAGUGCCGAUUUUUGUGACGUAGAUCCUAUAACUGUGCUAGAAGAGGAACUAUCUCAUCUUCGACAAGCAUCAUUACCUGGUUUACCCAAGUUUAGUGGAGGUGCCACUGGGUAUAUUUCCUACGACUGUAUCAAGUACUUCGAACCUAAAACAAAGAGACCAUUGGAAGACGUCCUUGGGUUGCCUGAAGCUGUAUUGAUGUUCUGUGAUUUGGUUGUGGCAUUUGACCAUGUAUACCAAAGAUUUCAAAUAAUCUAUAACAUCAAAGUCGAUCAAUCUCAUGAUUUAGAAGAGGAAUAUAAAAGAGGAGUAUCAAAGAUCGAUGAGAUCGAGAAGCUUUUGUUUAGAAAUGUCUCAAAUGAAGAGAUAUUUCCACAUCAAGGGCCAAUAAAGUUGAAUCAAACAUUUACUUCCAACAUUGGUCAAGAAGGUUACGAAAAGCACGUUUCUACUUUAAAGGAACACAUUUUAAAAGGUGAUAUCAUCCAAGCAGUUCCCUCACAAAGAAUAGCUCGUCCCACUGAACUCCACCCUUUCAAUAUCUAUAGACAUUUGAGAACGGUGAAUCCUUCCCCAUAUUUGUUUUAUAUUGACUUGAUUGAUUUCCAAAUAAUCGGGGCUUCACCUGAGUUAUUGGUGCAAUCAGAUACUAAUGGUAGAGUUGUUACUCAUCCAAUUGCCGGUACAAUUAAGCGAGGUAAAACAAACGAAGAAGAUGAAAAGAAUGCUGAAAUUUUGAGAUCCAGUUUGAAAGAUAGAGCGGAACAUAUCAUGCUUGUUGACUUGGCACGCAAUGAUGUGAAUCGUGUUUGUAAACCUGAAACUAACAAGGUAGAUAAAUUGUUAACCAUUCAACGAUUUUCACAUGUGAUGCACUUAGUUUCGGAAGUUAGUGGAACCUUACGUGAGGAUCAAACUAGAUUUGAUGCGUUCAGAUCGAUCUUCCCCGCCGGGACUACUAGUGGAGCACCCAAGGUGAAAGCAAUGGAACUAAUUGCUGAGUUGGAGAAGGAGAAAAGGGGUGUUUACGCUGGUGCUGUAGGUCACUGGGGCUAUGAUGGAAAGACUAUGGACACUUGCAUUGCAUUGCGCACAAUGGUGUUUAAAGAUGGUGUGGCUUACUUGCAAGCAGGUGGAGGAAUUGUUUUCGACAGUGAUGAAUACGAAGAGUAUAUGGAGACCAUGAACAAGAUGAGAGCAAAUAACAACACGAUUGUGGAAGCGGAAAUGAUUUGGGCUGACAAAGUGGGCACAAUUGAAUAA